AUGAUGUGUACUGACCCAGUAGCUCGCCCGUCCCAAUCCACGUCUCCUUUAACAGAUGGUCUUCGCGAGAAGAACGACGAGCGAUUGCCUCGUGUCCUCCGCAAGAAUGACCUCGAAGAAGCUCAAGAGCUGAAGGAUUUGUCAGACCCUGCUGAGAUACAAGCGGCUGCAUCAUUCAGAGGCCUGACCUUCGCACAUGUGACAAAUCAGAUCUGGCAUUUCUGCUCCGUGGACUACGGUCCGAGAUAUACAUGCAUUGGUUACAACUCUUUAUUUGUAGUCCCGAACGUUGAAUCCCCAAAUGGGCAGGGCCUACCUGACGGGAGACGAUUAUGGUCAUGGUUAAUCUUAUGCGACGACGGCACUGUUAUUUCCAUACAAGAGAACCCGUACCCUGGCCUUUCUAAGCCGUCGGAGAGAGAGCUGAAGUCAGUGCUCGGUAUAAUUCGCAGAAAUGUACAACUUAUCUUUUCCGGCGUGUCUAAGCGGCAUUCCGCUCAGUCGGAGAGCGAUUCCUUAGUGACCAUUCGCGUACGACCUGCUCACGGUGAUGGCCCAGAACAGGCUAGUAUAAAACAAGAGGAUGGCCCUAGUUUACUAUUCUAUUAUAUAUUCGACGAUUGGGUUUCUAGUUACGCACUCGUUGCGAAACGAGAGCAUCAAUACGGGGUUCUCCUUGACCGAUUGAGUUACGAACUCAUCAUGAUGCGGAUUCUUCAAAGACAGCGCCAUCUUCGUGACGAGGCGAAGUCGAACCGCCCUCCACUACCCAUUGGGCCUAUGUUCGGAGAAAGUGAGGUGACGGACCUUCGACAGCCGACCCUGCAGAGUAGUUUGAGUUUUUCAAGCAAUGCAGACACCUCUGUUGGUGUACAGCUGAGUUCACCUGCUGUGGCCCGUUUCGAAAGGCUGCUCGAUCGUAUUAAGCUCUACUGUUUAUCUGAGAUUGAUACCUGCUUGACGGAGAAAGAAUCUCUUACAUUCCUUAACUUCAAUCUUAUUGCGCUCAAAGACUCACAGGCUGUCGAAAAACUCACAAGGAUCACAAUUCUGCUGGCUAAAGUGACAAUUCUGUUUUUGCCCGUCAGCUUGAUGACCGCGUACUUUUCGACCGAGCUUAAGAACGUUAAGGGGGUGUAUACAAUCAACCAAUACUGGGUCAGCUUCGGCGUCAUUAUGUUUUUGUCCAUCGUGCUACUCACACUAUUCGGCUACCUUAGCGACACCGUGGAGGGCAAGACUAUCUAUCAAUCUCUAUCUCGAACCUUUGUCCGAUCCUCUAAGCAUAAAAUCUCAAAUCGAAAAGAAGAAUAA